AUGCCGUCCAUCAUUACUGUCGGUAUCGAUUUCGGGACAACCUUUAGCGGUGCCGCAUGGGCAAUCUCGAAGCGUUCGGCCGACAUUCACGUCAUCACCAACUGGGAGUCCGAGUACAAUGGGUGUUCCGAUCGCGGAAAAUGUCCCACUCUACUUCAAUAUGGCACCAUUGACCAUGAGACACCUUGGGGCUACAAUGUGCCGGCCGACAAAGAUGUGGUGCGGUGGUUCAAACUUUUGUUGCUUGAGGAAGUAGACCUACCCAGCGCCGUUGUAGAGGACCCUCAGUACAGAGAAGUCCGUAAACAGCAAGAACGCUUGAAAGUCUGCCCUAUUGAACUUGUGGGUUGCUUCUUGCGAUCGCUUUGGAAUCAUUGCAUGAAAAACAUCACUCGUGCUCUUGGAUCAGACGAGGUCGCCAGCUGCAAGAUUCACAUUGUGAUGACAGUGCCUGCUAUUUGGCCACACUAUGUCCAGGCUCGUAUGAAAUCCGCCGCUGGACUUGCAGGUAUGCUGCAGGAAAGGAGUACCAGUUCAGCCCUCGAAACGACCUUGGAAUUCUUGUCGGAGCCCGAGGCUGCCGCUUUGGCUGCCCUUGCUGAAAUGCAUCCUCGUCCGGAUAUCGAGAAGGGUGACACAAUUAUUGUGUGCGAUGCUGGAGGCGGAACUGCGUUGACAGAGCGAGCUCCUUCAGACUUCGAGAAUGCGUCCCUGGUGAAGGUCGGCUGGUCUAUCAUUGAUCGAAUAAUGGCGAAUGCUGACAUGUUUCGCCUAGGUGGUCUCUGCGGAGGCAUCUUUGUCGACCAGAACUUUGAUGACUUGAUUACUCGCAAGAUGGGAGGCUCUCCUUGGAAGGGUAUUGACUCUGCAGAUAAGCGAAAAUUCAUGAAAGAUAGUUGGGAAAAUGGCAUCAAGUCACAAUUUUCUGGUAAUGAUCGAAGCUUUUUUGCAGAAGUUCCUGAGGGGUAUCUGCCAGAUGGUGCCAUGGGCAAGCGAAAGCGUCUCCAGAGUAUUUGUCUCGACAGAAACGACCUGAUUUCGGUUUUCUCGCCCGUCAUCAGAAAAAUAUGUGAUCUCGUUAAAAACCAGAAAGACGCCAUCAGAAAAAAACAAUCGUCGGCCCCGAAGUUCAUCAUUCUUGUCGGAGGCUUCGGCUGCUGCAGAUACCUUUUCGAUCAACUCGUCGAGGCCUACCCUGACAGCACCAUUCUCAAUCCUCCAUCUGAACAAUCAUGGACAGCCGUCUGUCGUGGAGCGGUUAGACACGCCCUGAUUCACAAAACGGUUGGCAAGAAUGGAAUGCGCGCCCCCGGCUUCAAAGCUAUAAAGCCCGGAAAUUACAUUGUUCAGUCACGGAUCUGUCGAAUGGGCUAUGGAUUCAGGCAAAACGAGCACUGGGAUCCACGCAAACACCGUCCAGAGGACAAAUUCUGGGACAGCGUAGAGGAGGUGUACGAAGCGUCAAACCAAAUGAAUUGGUUCUUGAAAAAGGGAGAUACACUAGACGGCGCAUCGCAUUCUACGCAUGAGUUCUAUCGACUGCUUACUCCCGGUGAUGAGCUAGACAUUGAAGAAGAGCUGUAUUUCUGCACUUCGGACGUUCUGCCUUUGUGGAAGACGGACUCUGUCAAAGACUUAUGCUCGAUUAAAUGGAACAAGAGAGUUAAUCUAGACAAGCUCGAAAUGAGCUAUACUUUGGCUGGUGGAAUUUACUGGAAGCUGAGCUACAAGAUUCAGGUGAUUGUCAAUGGCCCAGAGCUUAGGAUUGAGGUUUACCACAACAAAAGAAAGGUUGCUGCGGGACAGGUUACGGUGGAAUGGACAUGA